UCAACUCAGUCCAGUAGCCUGAUUUCAGGAUCCCGGAAGCGGAUCUGGACACUGGUUGUUGUGGCUGCCCCAGUUCAUGGUGUUAAUAUUGAUGAUGUCGGCAGCUGAGGAGCAGGAGAUCCGGGAGCGCCUGGCAAUGUGGGAUCGGCGGCCAGAUCCAUUAGCGCCGCUCACUGACCGCCAGACCGAGUCUGUAUUGGAGAUUAAAGCUGCUGCUGAGGACCUGCCAGUGCCCGCAGAGCUCCCCAUUGAAGAUUUAUGCAGUUUAACUUCAAGGUCAUUAACCGUAUCAAUGUCUACUGCUGUGCCAGAAUCCACAGAGGGCAUCUUGCUACAGGGAUUUUCUACACUGGGAAUGGAAGAUGACAGAAUUGAAACAGCACAACAAUUCUUCUCCUGGUUUGCACAGUUACAGACCCAAAUGGAUCAGGAUGAAGGUGAAAAAUACAGAGAGAUGAGGGACUACCUGUGUGGGUUCCAGGAACAAUGUGACUCCAUACUCAAUGAUGUUAAUGUUGCUCUGGAGCAUUUAGAAUCACUUCAGAAACAAUAUCUUUUUGUGUCGACAAAAACUGGAACACUACAUGAAGCCUGUGAGCAACUGCUCAAGGAACAGUCAGAACUUGUUGACCUCGCUGAAAGUAUCCAGCAAAAACUUUCAUAUUUCAAUGAAUUGGAAAAUAUAAAUACAAAAUUAAAUUCCCCAACGCUGUCUGUAAAUAGUGAAGGAUUCAUACCAAUGCUUUCAAAGCUGGAUGACUGCAUAUCCUAUAUUUCCUCACACCCAUCUUAUAAAGAUUAUCCUGUGUAUCUGACAAAGUUUAAGCAGUGUCUUUCUAAAGCAAUGCACCUUAUGAAGACAUAUACUGUAAACACCUUGCAGAACCUCACCAACCAACUGAUUAAAAGGGACCCAUCAAGCACACCAAACUCUGACAAUGCCUUCACGUUAUUUUAUGUAAAAUUUAGAGCAGCUGCACCUAAGGUUCGGAGUCUGAUUGAGCAAAUUGAGCUGAGAUCUGAGAAGAUACCCGAGUACCAGCAGUUACUGGAUGAGAUCCAUCAGUGCUACUUAGACCAGCGGGAGAACUUGCUCAGUCCCAGCAUCACAAGUACCAUCACUGAACUAACCAGCCAGAACAACCGGGAUCACUGUGCCUUGGUACGAAGUGGCUGUGCCUUCAUGGUUCAUGUAUGUCAGGAUGAACAUCAGCUUUAUAAUGAUUUUUUCACAAAACCAACACCAAAAUUGGAUUUACUUCUGGAGAAACUGUGUCUGUCUUUAUAUGAUGUUCUGAGACCCUUGAUCAUUCAUGUUGUUCAUUUAGAGACCCUUUCUGAGCUUUGUGGUAUAUUGAAAAUAGAGAUGUUAGAGGAUCAUGUGCAACAUAAUGUGGAGCACCUGGGAUCAUUUGAUGGUUUGGUGAAGCAGAUGUUAGAAGAUGUGCAGGAGAGACUGGUCUACAGAACACACAUAUAUAUUCAGACAGACAUACUGGGCUACAAGCCUGCUCCAGGGGAUCUGGCAUAUCCUGACAAGCUAGAAAUGAUGGAGCAAAUUGCACAGAGUAUAAAAGAGGAACAGAAGAAACUCGGCUCUGCGGAGUCAUCAUUUUCUGAUGUCCAUCUUGAAGAUCCAGAGUCCAGUAACCUUGUUCGAAGUGGGUCUUCAGAAUCUUUAGGGCAAAGAGCACAAAGCACAAUAUCACCUGCUGAUCUUCAUGGAAUGUGGUACCCUACAGUCAGACGGACCCUUGUGUGUCUUUCCAAGCUUUACAGAUGCAUUGAUAGAGCAGUGUUUCAAGGCUUAUCUCAGGAGGCCCUUUCUGCAUGUAUUCAGUCAUUGCUGGGCGCUUCAGAUGCAAUCGCCAAAAAAAAGACCCAGGUUGAUGGACAACUCUUUCUAAUCAAACACCUCCUGAUCAUGCGUGAACAAAUUGCUCCUUUUCAUACCGAAUUCACCAUUAAGGAAAUUUCCCUGGACCUCAAGAAAACUAGAGAUGCAGCAUUUAAAAUCUUGCACCCUAAGAGUGUACCACGUUUUUUCAGGCUAAACAGCAACAAUGCUCUCCUUGAGUUCCUUCUACAGGGUACUCCUGAAAUUAAAGAACACUACAUUGACUCCAAAAAAGAUGUAGAUCGUCACCUCAAGUUUGCUUGUGAACAGUUUAUUCAGCAGCAGAGCAAAAUAUUUGUUGAACCAUUAGAAGAUUUUAUGACAAAGGUUACUGCAUUGAAGACUAUGGCCAGCCAAGGAGGUCCUAAUUAUAGUUUGUCACAACAGCCUUGGGCCCAAUCAGCAAAGAUUAAUGACCUGGUCUCUUCUACCUACAAAACAAUAAAGACUAAACUACCACUUACGUUACGGAGCAUGUCAUUAUAUCUGGCAAACAAAGAUACAGAGUUUAUUCUAUUUAAGCCAGUUAGGGGUAACAUUCAACAAGUGUUUCAGAAGAUGCAUAUGUUGCUGAAAGAAGACUUCACUAGUGAGGAUUUAGAGAUCAUUGCAUGUCCCUCAAUGGAACAGGUCAAUUUAUUGUUGUCAAUUUCCAAAUAACUGAAGAUACCUAAAACUAUGGACGUUUAUGUUUUCUAUGGUACUGGGGAAAACCAUCCAGAACAAAUGAAGACUGAUGCGAUCAAACAGCAUUUGGAAAGUCCUUCUAAAACUAAACCAGUUUACACCAAAGAGAAUCACUUCUGUGGGAAGUUUUUCCAUUUUUAGACUGUACUUGCUAGUCUGGAAAUGUAAUGAUAACAAUUUGUGUAACACUUUAAGAAACCCUUUCAAAACCUUAAAUACGCACUACACAAGAAAGAUGAUUAUUCGAAAAACCGCCGACAAGACAUACUAUAUGAUCAUACCUUUUUUUUCUUUAGGUGAUGAUACCUAAAAUAUGUGCAAUACUGGACUUCAUUUUACCGGUACUUUCAGGGAUGUGAACAGAUGUCAUCAGAGUAACCGUUUUUAUAAUAAUGCAUCAACAACCCAACUUGUAUCCACAUUAUAUAAAUGUAACACCUAAAUCAAGUAAGGUGGAGUUGUAAAAUAAUAUCAACCACAAGGCAAUCUCUAUAGGUCUACAUAAAAUCCAGCACGUUUGGAGCCUCUUUUAAAUAUUUAAAAUAUUCGUAUUGGCAAUCUAAAUAAACAAGAGUUUUAUGUCAUUCA